AGACUAUGUUAUGCCCUUAGUGCAUGCAUAUAACUGCACGCGCAGUGAUGUAACAGGGUUCACACCCUAUGAACUAAUGUUUGGUAGAAAGCCCAGACUACCAGUCGAUCUUGCCUAUGGACUUCCUUUGAACAAAGAUCAGAAAGUGUCUCAUUCCCAAUAUGUGCAAAAUCUCAAAUCUCGGCUAGAGGAAAGCUAUAAGCUAGCAUCAAGAAAUGCACAAAAGGUUGCAGACAAGAACAAGGCCAGAUUUGAUCACAGAGUCACAGUUUCUAACCUUGAACCCGGAGAUAGGGUUUUGGUUCGGAACGUGCGACUACGUGGCAAGAAUAAACUUGCAGAUAAAUGGGAGGCAGAUAUACAUGUUGUGGUCAGACGUGCAGGAGACCUACCAGUUUAUGUUGUGAAACCAGAGUCAAAAGAAGGUCCCUCUCGCACACUACACAGAGAUCUCUUGCUCCCAUGUGGUUUCCUUCCUGUAGCAAUUGAGGAGACACGUGAGCCCAAAUCUAUUCGUCGACCUCGGACUCGUCAAACUGCCAAUACAGAGGAUACUGAACUCGAGGAAUCUAAUGAAACCGACCAUGAGUUUUUCAUCCCAUGGGUUGAGGAAUCCCCAUGUCAAAGGAUCACUCGAUUUACCACAGUACAUGAGUAUUCCAAACCGUCACCGAACAUGGACAUCUUACCUGAACCUUCUGCUGGACAGGAUGGAUCAGAGGAAAAUAUUGAACCUGAAGAACUUGAAGAUCACUCGCUUUCAGACAACUUACCAGAUGAAGACGAUCCUGGAACUGAGUGUGGCAAUCUGCCAAGCCCUAAUGAAUCUGUGGAUGAGGAACCAGGUACCUUACCUGAUAAAUCUCCUGAGGAGGCAGGAAAGGAACUAAGAGACCAUCCCAAAAACUUACCUGAAGGAUUACAAAAUGAUGAUCCUAUUACAACUCAACCUUUGAGGAGGUCAGAGCGAAACAGACAACCUCCCAGAAGACUUGACUAUCAGGAUUUGGGAAAUCCUCUAGUGACUGUUGUGAAAUCUUUGUUUCAGGGAUUGAGUACAGCUUUUACAAACUCCCUGAAUGACAGAAAUGGACACUAUGGAAUAUACAUGCAACGAGACGUGCAUGAUAUUCAACAGGGGAGGGUGUAACCCGGUAGAGAAAAGUGCUCUAUUUCUCUUCUUUUAUUUGUUUUAUGUAUACAUUUUAUUUUGAAAAACAUUUUAUUUUGAAAAGAGGAAGUGUUGAUCCUCUCUCUUUGAGUUUACAUCCUGUUUGACGGUCGUUGCUAAUGAUCGUGCUGCGUGAGCGAGGUUUUCACCCACACGUUGCUGACCGAGCAUCGUAGAAACUUUCCAGUCUCUGAGCACGAAGCAGAGAGGCUGCACGACGAUUCCUCUGUUGUGUUCUACUUAUACACCAUCUUGGCUAGGUUUCUAAUGCUGAUUUAGAGACCAUCUGGUUGGACUGAAUGGAUUUCUCCUUGACUGGAGAUGGCGAGCCUGAGCCCGGAACUGGAUUCCUGAACGGAGAACCACAUUCGUUUCUUCAGCACUGAUUCAUCUUGUGGUAACUACUCACCACAAGAUCUGGAACACUAUUUGACUGAAAAGAAAAAAAAACUGAAUGGUACCAGACGACUAAAACAAAGACAGACUCUGACUAAACAAACUAUGGGUACUAAUGGGAACAUGAACCAACCUGAUGUGGACUUUUGAAUACCAGUUUGUGAAGUUGAAUUCUUGUUUAUGCUUU